GGACGACGUCAUCAAAAUACAGGAAGUGCCCGGAUCACUGAUGCACUCACUGCAGACCGGACUGUCAAACUGUGUGUGAAUGUUUGAGAAUGUUGCCACCUUUGUAUCUCCAGUGUAACACUUUCUGUCACCGAACGUUCUAAUAUUUGGCGGGACGGGACGCGACAGGCAUGUCUCUCAAGAGUUUCUGGAGGUUACAUCGGCCUUUGAAAAUGACACAAGCCUGUGGAUUUGCUCUCAGGACACUAAAUGGAUUAAACAGUGUCACUGCCAAGAGGUUAAACUGCACAACACUGGCAUCCAGUGCAUCUAAGUUAAACUUUCUCAAAGACUGGAGGAAUUUAAACACCAGUUUACACAACCAUAGAUGCUUGUUGCUGAGGGGAGUGUGUCAGAGACCACAUUUUGAAAUGCUGGCUCCUUUAAAUGUAAAAUCCAGUUUAGAAAUGAGAUCGCAGUCCACAACAUCCUCCACCAUGUCAGUGCUGAAACAAGGAGGCAUGUCAGGAAAAAGGACUUUUAAGGGACCAAGAACCAAACAGCCUUCACGAACCAACCAGCCCAGUCUGGAGGAGGACAUGAUGCAGUGCAUCGCAUACGCAACUGCAGAUCAGUACCAUUUACCAACCCUCUGUCACGAUCUCAUCGCUCAUGACUUCGCUGAAAUCAAAGAAUUUCCCAGAGAUGCUUCUAAUGUUUUGGUGAUGGGAACAGAGAACGCUGCAAAACCUUAUGAUAGUGGCACAAUAUUCAUCUUCAGAGAAGGCUCUGUGGUGUUCUGGAAUGUUGAAGAAAAAACUGUAAAGACCGUGAUGAGGAUACUGGAACAGCAUGAAAUUCAACCCUAUGAAGUCGCACUAGUCCACUGGGAAAAUGAAGAGAUCAGUUAUACAGUAGGAGAGGGUAAUUCAAAGCUCCAUCGUGGAAUUUUCUUGUUUAAUGAAGAGCUGGAUUAUGACCAGGUUGUUCUGGAGAAGUUUGCAUUUUCCAAUGCUUUAUCACUGUCAGUAAAACUAGCAAUAUGGGAGGUCUCUCUUGACAACUUUGUUGAGUCCAUCCAGUCAAUUCCUGAGCUGCUGAAGUCUGGACAAAGAGUGAAACUGUCCAGAGCUGAAGUUAUGCAGAAGAUAGGGGAGCUCUUUUCCUUGAGGCACUGCAUAAAUCUCAGCUCUGACUUACUGAUAACACCUGAUUUCUACUGGGACAGAGAAGAUCUUGAGCAGCUCUAUGACAAGACCUGUCAGUUCCUCAAUAUUAACCGGAGAGUCAAGGUUGUGAACGAGAAGUUACAACACUGCACUGAACUUACAGACCUGAUGAGGAAUCACCUCAGUGAGAAACACAGUCUCAGACUGGAGUGGAUGAUCGUCGUACUGAUUGCUAUUGAGGUGAUGUUUGAACUUGCUCGUGUAAUCUUCUGAAGACCAACAGAUGCAGUCUUAAAAUGGCAUACACUGACUCUUUGUAAACCAGCAAAUCAUUGUUUUCUAUAGUUGAAGUUCUCAUUGAUAAAUCAUUGUGUCUUUUGCUAUUCUUAAUGUUGACACUGACCUGAAAUAAAAGAAGUAUUGGAUAAA